AAUUAGAGGUGAGCUACACAGUUGUCUGAUCAUUAAAUAGGAAUCAUGAGUAAAGUAGCUUUUGUUGUGUUGUGCAGCCUCGCCGCUGCCAUGGCUAUGCCACCUAAACUUGGCAGAGUCAUGGGUGGAGAAAUCGCUGAAGUCGGACAAUUCCCGUUCGCCGCUUCUCUGCAAUUCGAUGGUCACCAUUAUUGCGGUGUUACCAUCCUCGAUGAAUACACCGUCAUCACCGUAGCCAACUGCGUUCUCCCCAACUACCCAACUCGAUUGAAGGUCGUCACCGGUUUGAACAAGAUCUCCGCCGGUGGUGAAGUCCACAACAUCAGGACAGUGCUCACCCACGGAAGAUUCGCCGCUUCUCUUCAAUACGACAUCGCUUUAUUGAAGUUGGUCACUCCAAUCACCUUCAACGAGCUCGCUCAACCUGUGAAACUUCCAACUGGGACCACUGGUAGUAACGCCGAUGUUACCAUGAGCGGUUGGGGAUCCACCGUGUACCCAGGAAACGUCGUCGACGAUCUCCGUUACAUCGACCUGAAGACCAUGGACUACGAGAAGUGCAACAACAGGCAAUCCUUCCAAGUCUUCUUCAACCAGAUCUGCACCUUGACCAAAGCCGGAGAGGGUCUCUGUUCAGGAGAUGCCGGAGCUCCGUUGACCAGCCCAGAUGGUACCUUGGUCGGAAUCGCCUCAUGGGGAACCAUGUGCGCUGUGGGAGACCCAGACGUCUACACCAGCAUCUACCACUUCCUCGACUGGAUCGAAACUAACCGUGUCUAAUUUACAAACAAAUAAAAUUCUAACAAUUAAA